AUGUCCAAAAUACUGAAAUGCGCUGGGAACGAAGACAUCAUCACUCUGCGCGCAGAGGACAACGCGGACACGUUGGCUCUGGUGUUUGAAGCACCCAAUCAGGAAAAGGUUUCUGAUUAUGAGAUGAAGCUGAUGGAUCUCGAUGUGGAGCAGCUUGGAAUUCCAGAACAGGAAUAUAGUUGUGUAGUGAAAAUGCCUUCUGCUGAAUUUGCACGCAUCUGUAGAGAUCUCAGCCACAUCGGUGACGCAGUUGUCAUCUCCUGUGCAAAAGAUGGUGUGAAAUUUUCAGCUAAUGGAGAGCUGGGCAAUGGAAACAUCAAACUGUCCCAGACCAGUAACGUGGAUAAAGAGGAGGAAGCUGUUACAAUCGAGAUGAAUGAGCCAGUCCAGCUGACCUUUGCUCUGAGAUACUUGAACUUCUUUACCAAAGCCACUCCCCUGUCACCUACAGUAACACUCAGCAUGUCUGCAGAUGUUCCUCUUGUUGUGGAGUACAAGAUCGCCGAUAUGGGACACUUAAAAUACUACCUGGCUCCAAAGAUUGAAGACCAACAAGAAGGCUCUUAACUGGAGCAGGACUGAGGGGGAGAUCUGGUCAGCUCAUUGGAGAAGUCAGCUGAUGCUGCGAAGGAAAUGGUGUGACUAGCAAUUUCAGUGCGUUGGAGCAUCGUGCGAGUGCUGUUAGGCAUGUUGUGUAGAUAUCUCUGUAAAUAUUUUUCAACUUACUAUUUUGCUCUACUGGUGUCAUUGGAAAUAGGAAACUUUGUUUUUUCUAGUCUGUUCUUGUACUUCAAUAAUCUCUUAGUUGCUGUCUUAAGGUGAAAUAUCUUACUCCUCUCAGCUUGUGUUAGAGAUGGGAUGCAAUAUUUAACUUGUCAAGAUGAUGUUCCCUGGAGUUCCGCCUG